GUUCAUUACUCUACCUUCUUAUCUAGCUAGUUCUUUGACUUGAUGUGAUCCCAUCGUCUCUCACUGCCCUGCCAAUCUGUCAGUGGGUUAAUCACACAUCACAGUCUUGCAUUCUUCUACAUCCCGCAGCUGUCCCUGUCAGCGGCAGCAGAAAAAGCAAGUUGCUACUGCGGCAGACACGGCACCACCGCUCUUGUCCAAUCGACUUCCAGACCUGCCAGCCAUUGACCGACUCGGGUCACACCGAACCAUUUCCUCAUAGAUACAUAUCCUCGCAGAUCCAUCCGCUUCCUAGUCAGCGCCGAGGAAGCCACUGCCUGAGCUGACCCUGACUCAAGCCCCCCACGGAGGAGAGAAGGAGGAAAGAAUGGCGCAAGAGGCUGAAUGGGAGACACAAGAAAUGAUGGAAAACGGGGACGGCGAAGCAGCUCAAACGGGCCAAUCAAAACGACCCCCACUCAGCCAGCAUGGCAGCGACUCCCAGGCGAGCGAUCAGGCACAGCAGCAGCAAAAUGCGUACCGCCCAAGGGUUCAGAAGCACGUCGUUGGUGGAGGUACCGGAGGACGAUUUCACGCCCGAGUCCCCUCUUCCAAAAUUAUCCACAAGCACCAUGCCUCGACCUCGUCCAGCAAAUUGAAUCGCCGACAAGCAUCGCCAUCACCAGAGCGUGGGAUUGGCUCCCAAUUCGGAUCAACGCACCGUCGCGUAACCUCAGACGUAGACCUGUCUCGGAAACUGUCUGCGACGAAUCUGAGCAAGAACUCGUCCCACACAAACCUCAAGUAUAGCCGAUCCAAGGUCGACAUUGGCAAGAAGAGCAAAUCGUCAGCGAACCUCAAACGAUCGCUCUCGAAUCCUGCCGUUCACAAGCUGAAGUCCGCAAACGUCCAUUUCAACCUCGGCGACGAAGCGGAAGACGGCCAAGACGGACAGGAGGACGAGUGGGUUGACGCCAGCACGUCUGCUUCGCCUUUGCUUUCCAGGCGCACUUCGGUUGUGAGCGGCGGCCAGUCGUCAGUGGAACACCCCGCGAGUAGAGACAGCUCCCGUCCUCACUCCUCGCCUGCUCCGAGCCAUCAAUUCGCGACCGAGAAUGGUCAGUCUAGUGGCACAAAUAGCGUAGCUCAUAGCCUCGAUCGACGGGCGGCGAACCACCAACAAUACCUUACGUCGCGCCUCCUCCAACGAAAUCCCUCACUGGGCGGCGUCCCCCCCAAGAUGUCGGCCGAAAACGUCUCGGUACACCCUUCGUCUUCUCGGCAGCACUCCCCGGACUCUGGCGGCAGCCGGGACACUACAUCGACACUGUCUGGCACUCCGCGAAUGCCAUUGCUGAUGCGACCGGGUAGCAGUGGCAAGGAGGAGCUAACGUCGCGCUUCGUCACAAACAACAGCCAAGGAUCCGGCUCGGGUGCGACCGGCGACUCAUUCUUGGUCGAGGCGAACCGCGGUGGCCUCUCGCGCGCGGCAUACAUCAGAGCCGAUGGCGGACCGCGACGACCGCAGUCCACGGGGAAUUUGGCACAGGUGCAGAAGCAGAAGCAACAGGAUCUGAUUCGCGCACAGGUGCGACUGGAAGAAGACGAGUCGACCUUGACUGACGGCGGCGAUGGGAAGCCCAGUGGGCUAGCGGGCGGUGCCCGUAGCAGGCGCACCGGGGGAUACACCGUGUCUCGUGGAGAGAUGAACCGGACGCAGCAGAAGUUGGACCUCCAGAGAGCGAGCUCCAGCCUGGAGCCUUCUCAUCACCACCCCGGCAUGGGCAUGGGGCUGGCUGGCGUGGCUUCAGCAGCAGGUCCGCUGGUUGGUGGAUCAGGUUUCGAGGCUCGGGACCCGAGAUUGGGCAAACUGAUGGAGAGGACGGGGAUGGAGUACCUGGUCGUCCGUCGGUAUCAGAACCCCAUUGCCAGGUCAAUAAAUCGCCUGACACAGUUGCCGGGAGUCGACAAGGCGCGGCGCAUCCCUAAACCUGGCAGCCCUAGUGUUCCCAACGUUGGGCCCCAUUCGAGACGCGGUUCGGAAUACGGCGGCCUUCGACAUGCACAGCUGCAGAACCUGAACGAGCGGGAGCUCCGCGAUCCCACUGUGGCCGGCCUCAUCAGCGCCCAGAUCUCUAAGAGGCCCAGCACACCGCGAAGAGGUCAUACGGCAACCGGCUCGAGCAGCAUCCGGCCGAGCAUGGAUCUCGACGAGGCUGCAGGCAGACGGCCGGACUCGAGGAGGCUGAGCGUGGCCAGCCUGGCUGACAGAGGAGAGGAUGCCCAGACAAUGGCACUCCUCCGUAACUUGUGGGACAAGAACAUGGAUCUGAGUGCCAGCCAGGAAUAGGGAUCUGAGCUGGACUGGGAAGAUAUCGACAUCCCCUACGAAGGUUAAAGGCAACAACAACAGAGAGCUAUUUGUGAUGACGACGAGCUGUGAGCAGAGCACCCUGGAUAGGCCAUUGGCAAGGCGUGGUCCGGUAUGACUGCUACGAUCUUUCUUUCUACAGGCUGGCGUUGACUUAUUAGAUGCUGGAAAAGCUGUCCACCUUCUUUUUUUCUACAAUGGGGCAUUACAGGGCUCAACACCUGGGAGGGCUAAGAAGGAUUAUGAUGAUGAUGAUGGCGUUUUCUUUCAGGCCGGAUAGACGCACAAGGCGUAUUAGAAUAUGAGGCUUUACAUAAAUUAGUUGCCUCUUUGUCGAGAUAUAAUGACAUGAAGUUGUCACUGAGAUGCAAGGCUUUGGUGUUGAAGCUGUGAAGUGAACCUACCUAGAUAACUUGCGACUUAUCGGACUAACCGUUGUAG